AUGUUUUCCAAAGAGAACUUCAUCGAUUUGGCUCACCAGGCGGUCAGCGCCGUUCGCCGGAUUGUGGGCAGUUCUGAGGCACGAGGCGUACGCGAUCAACUUUCGGCCACCUCGAGAGUCGUCGUCACAGUCUGUAAGUCGAAUACCACGGUGGACGCAGUCACCCUGGAGGUAUGGGUGAACGACCUCGUGCAUGAGCUGGAGCUGCAGUUGAUGCAGAGCGCUGCUGUCAUCGAAACAGCAACAGCGGGGGAGGCUGUAGUUGCGUCAAGUAGCAUCAAAGAGGAGGCAUCGAGGCCGCUAAGCGAGCCGGCGCUCAUAGAGAACCUCGAGGUCGCACGAGCACUCAUGUAUUCCUGCAACGCAGAGGAAGCUGCGAAGGUGUACUUGAAAAAGAAGUUGGUGGCCGCCCUCGUGCAACUCUACAGCAACGCCACGCUCACGCAGAAGCUGCGUGGCUGCUGCGCCAACGUUAUCGUUGGCGUGUGUUCGUCACAGCAAAUGCUGUUGCGCGACUUCAUGCUUGUCUGCACCAAUCACCUGCGCCUUCCCCCACAGGACCACAAUGGUCACGUUCUUCGAAUCCUUAUUGCGUCGCUCUUGGUCGAGGUGCUCCACCAGUUUCAGAUGCGUUACUACGGCUGGCUCAAGACAGAUCUGGACGCGGAGACAACAGCACACUGCGCGUCACUCAUAGACUGCCUCUUUGAAGUGUCGUACUCCCUCAUGGUGGAGAACGUAGCUGCCGCAUCACGCACCGAAACCGCGUCUCGGACGACGUCAUACGAAGCGGAGGAGAGUCUCAGGUCGGCGUCGCCGUCUCCGAUGCCAGCACCACACGAAGAGACCCCCGCGCCGACAGCAGCGGCGAGCACCGAAGAUGGAAACAGCUGCGAGAAGACAGUCCCUCCCACGACACCAGUCACUACGAUCGCUGGAAAUAGUGACACCACGGCGUCUUUGCCUGCCAGCACCUCCUCAAGUGCGCCCGCCAACAGCGAGAGUCUCAACCUCACCACUUCGGUUGUAUUCUUGGCGGUUGUCGCUGGUGUGUAUCGCGCACGGCCCGCCCUCAAGACCUACUUGGUGUGCCACUACAGCGCUGAAUACGCACAGGUGUGGGUCAAGGUAGCCUCAUGUCUCACGAAGAUGCGCACCAAUCUAUUCCUAUCUCUUUCGUCUCGCUCGCCCGUGUCGAUCAUGCUGGAGUCGAUGGAAUACUGGCGGGCCGAGAUGCUUGAGGGCCUGGUGGAGCUAUGCACGACGGACAGCUUCACAAUUCAGCGAGCCACCGUGAUGGCGUCCAUUGCCGAAAGCACCACCAGCGAUGGUAGCAGCAGCAGCGAGACAAACCAGAAAGGUAUGGUGCGUUCUACCAAGGCCAGCCUCCGCUCAGCAGCGCAUGUAACAGCAUCCCUGUCCAGCGGCACCGCCGCUGCUCCCGCCGGCUCCGGCCUGAGCCUCAGCAGCGGCGGCCGGUAUCAGUUCGUGCCGAUUCCAGCAGACUGGGCGACUUACCUGUCGCGCAGCUCCUCGGCCGUGUGGCGCCUUGCCUCCGCCCUUUUUCCAUGCACCGUCACCUCGGAGGGCAUCAACAUCCUCAAGGCUGUGCUGCUGAUGCUAAACACGCGCCACGCCUCAGCAGAGGCCCUGUACCGUAGCACCAUUUCCACGCUUACAUUGCUGUGUGUCGCGAACCCGCGCAAUGCCGUGCUGCUGUCUGAGCACCACUUUCUGCUCACCAUCAUGGCCCUGGUCAACUGUAACCAGCUGAGUGUCUUUCCGGCCUCCCAGCAGGUCACCUUGCACUUUCGCCAUGGCGAGCCAAGUAGCUCCUCGCCGAUGGCGGCGCAGACGCAGACCCUCACCCUCACCCCGCCCAACACCCUGAACGUGAACACGACCCAGCUCACCUUCUGUCUUCUCAACACCCUCACCUCCACAACCUUCUCCAAGGCAACUGUGAAGCUGCUGAUGCAGGGCAUCAAGGACAUGUGCUCGAUGCCGUCAUCUCAGACGGAUGUCGAUAUAAUUGAGAACUUUCUCUACGGCCUCGGCCGCGCCUUCAUUCCACAUCCACUACUCUUCUUUCCUGGAGAUGGCUAUGUGAGCUGGCGCCUGAAGCACAUGUUUCCCCGAGGUAGCGGCUACUCCUUCACCGCGUGGGUCUACCCGACGUGCGUGUGGACUGGCGGCAGCUGCCUCUACUCCUUUAUGGAUCCGAGCGAUACGCGGGUGAGCUUGCUGAUCGUCGCCGACGGACGACAGUGCUCACUGGCGGUGCGGGUGAACAAGGCGGGUGGCGAGCCGACUGAACUACUCUUGAGCAGCGGCACCUUCUCUACAUCCACCUGGACGCAUGUGGUGGUGAAUCACGGUGUUGCCCUGAACGUGUACAUCAACGGUGAGCACAUCGAGGGGGUACACGUCGUGCCAUAUCCCAAGGAAAAGCACUCCAUCAUGUUCAACAUUGGCGGGGCCGUGCAGCUCCCAGGGUUCUUAGGCUUCAUGUCGGGCAUGAACAUCUCUGCCACCCUCUCCGAGAAAGAGAUUGCUAAGCUUCACGCCUCCGGGCCUGCUUCCUAUGACCCCUCCAGGGACUGCGCCUCGUUUCUCAAGCCCUUCUUUGAGGACCAGUCGAGCUUUCCGACCGACCUGCAGACGCCACCCGCGCCACUUUCCCUGCACCAGAACGACAUGAUCACGAAGAAAUCGGCAGAGUUCCGGUGGAACCGCAUCGAGCUCUACGUGCCGACCGAUAUUGAGGAGCUGAUUGCACCGAGCAAGGUGGCUGAGUGGGUCCUGGGUAUACUCAGGCACCGGCGGACGGCGUCGAUGCAGAACACGUCGACCUUCAUGAACGUGGCGAAACUGAGCAUCAGUCUCCUGUCAACAUCCAUGCAACUCUCGACGACGGAGCAACUGACCCAGCUGGUGCUCAAGAGCUACUUGAACCGGCUGCGCACUGAGGUGCUUUCGUGGAGGGUAACGUUCCCCGAGUUUGCCUCUCUGAUGCUGCAGUCCGUGUCGCAGCGCGGUGGCGGCAAGGCACUUCACCACCACGCUUGCACGCAGCGCGUCUUCGACCUCCUUCUUAGCUGCGUACUGCGGCCAAGUGCCCACGGCAACAGCGUCGCGCAUCACCGGGUUAACGUCAGCCGGGAUCCCCUAGAUCCGAGCGAUGAGAGCGCCACGGGGUCGACUGCGGCGUCGGCGGCGUCGUCACCGCGCUACACUGCCGUGCAAGAGGCGAACGCCACGAACAUCAUCUUGCGCGAACUUAGUGACUGCCUUCUUGUGAAGGAGAACAAGGAGAUGUUCCAGGAGGACUCGUCGCGGUUCGAGAGCAUCCUGAGUGUCUCUCUCCGCCUCCCCAAGGAGUGCAUCAAGUCUGUCGUGAUUCUUAUCGAAAAGCUGUGCCGUAGUGAGGCGGAGCUGCGCCAGGUGCUCCUUUUUCUUCUCACACCGAGCUCCGUCAGCCCAAUCGCGGACACAGCAAAGGUGUGGGUGCUGCGCAUGCUUUUUGACAUUGCGAGGGAGGAAAACACAAUGCGCGAAAUGAUCCAGGAGUGCUUCAAGGGCCGCGGCAUCACGUUCAUAAUGCUGCUCAUCAACGGUGAGAACCACUCUAGUGAGGCAAUACGCCUCUUGGCGCUUGGCCUCCUCUCGCUGUUGAUGCCACUGAAGGCCUGCACGAAGCUCUUCAAGAAAAACGACGGCUUUGACAUCCUCUCACUGGCGCUCACGGAGCCGCGCAACGACAUACCGAUCGGCAUUCGCACUUUUGACGCGCUUUUCCAAGUCGCCUUCGACGAGUUCCGGCGCCAUCGGGAGAAGAAGCCGGAGGCGGACAGCAUCGCCUCGCGGCUGAUGGCCACUGCGCAUAUUUUGCACCGCCAGAAGCAGCGCGACCCGAGCUUGUCAGCCACGGCCGGCGGCGGAAGCAAGUCGUCGACCAGCGUCACACUCGCUGGACUGCUGCAGCAGAGCCGCGUGCAGCGGCGCAUUGCGGACCAUCUGGGUCACACGCCCUCCAUCAUGGUGAACCACCUUGGCACGCGCCGCGGCUACAGCUUCGAGCAUACGCAUGACUACGGAAGGGUCAGCGAAGAUUUUGGUGAGCUCGUACUCCUGCACAAGGGCAGCGGUUAUCACAACCUGCACCUUCCGCUCGCUUUGAAGACGGUUCUGUGUGUGCUGGACUACCUCAUUCGAGUGGUGGUGCACCGGCUGUGCUCAGACUCGCCGUUGGUGAUCAGUUCAGCCGCGGCAGCGACGGUGACGGCAUUCAGCAGCAGCAACAUUGCUAGCUCCUCGACAGACUACCUGACAGCAACGGAAGAGUAUCCCACGUUGCCAACGCAGAGCCAAGAGAACGGAGUUCUGGGGAUGACCACACGAACUGCGCAGAUGGAUGACGAGCGCGUGGUAGUUGAGGUGCUGAACUACCUGGAGAAGUUGAUUGAGUGGCCAAAACACGCGCUGAAGGUGAUGGACAUACCGUGGCUGAGUGGCUUGUGGGCGGCGGUUCGGGUCCUCUUUGAGAAGCCGGUUGACCUGAAUGGUACCACGGGGGUGGUGACGCCUGUGCGGUUUCCGGAGCCAGAGACGAUGUCCACCGCGCCUCCUGUGGCCGGUAGAGCUCGUCCCCUCUCUCUGGCGACGCUGCAGCCAAGCGAAGCCUCUAUUCGACGUCUGCACCACUACCGCAGUGAGUUUGUGGCCGAGGUGACGAAGCACUGCCGUGCGAUCAUUCGAAAGAUGGUCAUUCUCGACAUCUCCAUGAAUGAACGGGCGCAGAUUCGAUCGAUCCGAGACGGCGAGCAUCCACCGCGUCUUGUACGGAUCGUCCUCGAGGAGGUGGCACGCUACUUCUCCGUUCAGAAAAAUGGUGAGCUGCUCGAGAACGCCGGCACCAUCAUCCGGAACUUGAACUCGCUCUUUAAAGACGUACACACCGCUUUGCGUCCGUUCCCCUCAGCGCUCGGCGUGGCCAUUGUCGUCGCCAUCACAAACAUCUCCGUAUCCAGCAGCAUGCAAGUGAGACGUCGAAUGAAGAACAGCAGUAACCUCCUGACAAUCCGUGAUAACCUCGCCUUCUACGUCUUGCGUGAGUCUCGGAGGUUUUUGCGGCUGCGCAAGAGCUCGCUGAACCAGCUCAUUCACAUGAACGCUAACAACGCUAAGUCCAUCACAGUGCUGCUCUUUCACCUCUCAAACAGCAUCAAGGAGAACAACGUGAACGAGGUGGAGGUACUCGCAAUGCUGAUCCGGCAGCUGGCGGGUGCCGACUCGGCCCGACUGCGAGAACUGCACGCGCUGCUAGGUGACAGCAAAGACGUGCACCCCUUGAAGGAGCUGCUGAGAGGUAAUGCGGGGGCGAUCACCGGGCAGAGAUCGACGGCUUUAGGCACGCACGCCUCACAGUCCGUCCUGUCGGACCACUGCUGGAGCGAUACACUUGUGGAUGUGGACUUAAGCGCCGGCGGCGCGGAGCUGGCUACGUGGGGCCCAAACUACCGUGCUUGCUCGAGCUUGCUGAAGGAGGAGGACGGAGAGCUGAGCCUGGGUGCGCACACCGUACAGCUGCUGGAGUGGUGCAAAACACACCAGGAAACGUGGGCUGCUAUUCAGAGAAAUGUGCACGCUGCGAUGGCAAGCAUGGGACUAGAGAAGAUCGAUGAAAAGGCGCAGCAGCAGCAAAUCAACAGCACCAGCGGAUCCCAGAAGGUGUCGACCGGUGCGUUCGUUGGGCUUAGCGAUCGGAGCAAGCGCGAGCUCCAGCAGCUGCGGGACGAGCUUGAGUCAGAGCUUGCGAAGCUCAAGGCCAAUGACCAGUGA